AUGUCUUCUAUGACUCUUCCUAUUUCAAAUGUAGUAUCCUCUUUUUCUUCUCCUAUGAUCCUCUCUGCACCUUUGAUCGAUGCUCCACCUAAUAACUUUUAUCUCCCUAUUGCCCUUUGCAAAGGUACACGCACCUACACCCACCAUCCCAUCUCCUAAUUUGUCUCCUAUGAUCGUCUUUCUUUCUCCUUUCAUGUCUUUGUCUUCUCUGUGACCUCCAAGUCGCUUCCACAGUCGUAUGUUGAAGGUGUAUAAGUACAUGUGUGGAAGGCAGCCAUGGAUUCAGAGAUAGCUAUGUUAGUCGCUCGGAGGACUUGGUAUUUAGUUCUAUGCCCGACCGAUACCAACAUUGUGACGUGCAAGUGGGUGUUUACCAUCAAGUAUCACCUGAAUGGCUAUAUCGCUCGUCACAAAGUUUAUUUAGUUACUCGAGACUUCACACAAACAUAUGGAAUCAACUAUAUUGAGAUGUUCUCUCUUGUUGUUUGCCUCAACUCCAUCUGUGUGUUCCUCUCUCUUGUCGUCAAUCAGACAUAAUCUCUUCAUCAGUUAGAUGUUUGUAAUAUCUUUCUCUACGAUAAUCUCACGGAGUAGGUAUUUAUAGAGCAACCUCUUAGGUAUGUUGCUUAGGGGGAGUAAUCGAAGGUGUGUGUCUCUUGCAACGUGUCAUUUAUGAGCUCAAGUAGAGUUCACAUGCUUAGUUUACUAAGUUUAGUGAUUUACUCACCACCUUUGACUUUGUCUCCUACACUACAAAUUCUACUGUGCUCACGAAGAAGACAGAGGGCAGCCUUAUCAUUAUUUUAGUCUAUGUCAAUGACAUUCUUGUGACUAAAAGUAAUGAGGCCGACAUCUCUGCUACCAAAGCUUACUUGCAGUAACAUCUCAGCAUUCGCGACUUAGAGAUUCUACAAUAUUUUUUUGAGAUUGAGUUUGAGUAUCAGGACGAGAAGCUCACCCUCACUUAGCAAAAGUAUGCUCUCGACAUGCUUCAAGAGAUAGGCUUUCUUAGGUGCAAGCUAGAGGCUUUGCCCAUGGAAGCAUGCUCACAAUUCUGAGACACUUUAUCUCCCCUACUCGAGGAUGCUAACUAAUAUCGACGAUUGUUAGACAAGUUGAUAUAUCUUACCGUUAGUCACCCUGACAUUAUGUGCCAGUUUAUGUAGAAGUCUCAACGAGUUUCAUUGAGAAGGAGCUCUAUGAGUCCUCGCCUACAUCAAGUAAUCUCUCGGGAAAGGACUCAUCUAUUGGCAACACAACGAUCUUCACAUUACAAUUUACUCUGAUGUCGGGUAUGUGGGUGGUAAGGGUGACUGAAAGUCUACUAUGAGUUAUUGCACAUACGUUGACGAAAACUUAGUCACCUAGUGGUCCUGAAAAUAGAGGGUGGUGUCAUGUUCUAGUGAGAAAUUUGAGUAUUUAGCUAUAGUUGAGACAACAUGAGAAAUGAUAUGACUUCAAUCACUUCUCGAUGAUCUCGACAUUAUUUUUCCCUCUCCAAUGCCCAUGUAUUACGACAAUCAAGUCAUCAUCUUCAUUGUCGACAAUUCCACCUUUCGUAGGUGUACAAAGCACAUUUAGAUCGAUUGUCACUACAUUCAAGAUAAAGUUAAGUUUAAAGUUAUCUCUGCUCCUCAUGUGACAUCAUCUCAUCAGUUUACAAAUGUCUUCAUGAAGAGUCUAGCCAACAUCUCUUACGAUGCCACGUGUACUAAGUUGGACAUGUUUGACUUGUAUGCUCUAACUUAG